AUGGCCAACACGGGGUAUUCCUCGCCCUUCCCCACGUCUCACGACACAAUCGGCGCUUCUACCCUCGCGACACCUCUCUUCAUGCCAUCCUCUCCUCCUGGCCCUGAUGAUGCGCUCAUGGAUUCCCCCGACCGUGCGAAGAGCCCUGUGCCGAAUCGCGUCGCUAAGAGGGAUAGCUAUGAUGACGAUGCGCGUCUGCACAGAGCCGAUUCGCCUGGUUCAUCCAGAGCGUCGUCUCCAGAUAGAGCUGCGAAAGCCCUCGACGCGCGCCUCGCUGAUUACAGCCUCGAUUUUAGCAAGUUCAACAGUGGUCUAGACGACAAGGAUGACGAGCCCCUGCCCGAGUUGAAAUUGCGGGAGGAGGAUAAACUAUCUGAAGUUGGUGGUCCUGAAGAUUUCACUGCGAAUCUGGAACGAUAUCUUAUGGGCGACGAUGAUUCAUCUGUGGAUCUGAAGGAAUUGGAGAUGGAGGCACAGCAGGAGGAACGGGAGGAGCGACGAAGACAAGAGGAGCAAGAGGAAAAAGAGGAGAAAGAACAAGAAGAUGAACAACAGGAAGAGGGGGAGCAAAAGGAGGAACAGAAACAGCAGCAAGAUACUUCCAAAUUACACCAAGCUGCCGUCGAGGAUGAGCCGGAAUUGGGCGAAUACAGCGAAUUUGGUCCUCCGAUCGACAUGUCAACCCCGUCUCAUCUCCUACACAGAAACGCCGGACUCGCAAAAGACAUAACACACCUUGAAAAUAUUGAGGAGGACCCGGACGAUGAGCCUGACACAGCAGCGACACCAUCAGUUCGGAAACAGAAGACUGUUUUCAACAAUGACAAAAAGGGGACAGAUGACGAAUUGCGCCGGCAGAUUGCAGAACUCCAACAAGCAGUGCAAGAUCGGGAUGAGCAAUUACAGAGAAAUCACCGACGGUUCUUGGAAGCAACCUCGGCGGCAGAGCAGAUCAAGCACCUUCAACAAGAAUUACAACGGAAAACGACACACCUUGACGAGCUUCAUGAGAAACGUAGCGAUGAGGCUCUCUUGCGUGAGCACAUUCAGACUCUUCAGAAACAGAACGAAGAAAAAGAGCAGUUCCUACAAAAAUCCGCCGUUAACACAUCUGAUAUCACUGCACUCCAGAAGCAGAUCGGUGACAUGCAGAAGGAUCUGCAGAGCCACAAUACAUUCGGGGAUUUGGACUCGGAGAGACUAGACACAAUCGCCCACCUUCGCGAGCAGCUCACACUCGCUCAAGAAGUGACUCAGAAGCGGGAUGUCGCUCUCGAGGAAACGAUCGCAAAAUUGAGGGAAGUCACGACGUCUAAGGAAUUGCAACUUCGAGAAACGAACACGGAAAUAGAUGGUCUCAAGGCGCAAAAUGACGAUCAUCUUUUGUAUAUUGAGAGGCUGGAAGCAGACAUCGACCGAGUGAACAAGGACUACCAAACUCUCGAGAAUCGUAUUGAUUCUCUUGAAACCAAAAACCGUCCAUUGGAAGAAAAGAACAGCACACUCGAAGCCGAUUUGACGCGCGCCCAAUCCCAGAUGACCGCACAAGAGAACGCUCUCAAGGCAAUGGCCGCGGACCUUCCGAUUGAAAGCGGGGGCAACACGUACACGGAGAUCCUAGAAUUGAUCAAAGACCUGGGCCAUGGUGACAUGGAAGACACAGUGGAAGGUCUUCCGAAGGUUAAAAACUCAGGAGAUGGCGAGAUUGAGCAGCUGCGCCAAGAACUUGCCAAUCUGCAGGCCGAAAUGAAAGAAAUAUCGUCCAGACGGGACACAUUGGAGGCUGAAUUGACACGCUCCCAAGAGCAAGCUACCGAAGCACAGUCACUUAUCCACUCGAUCGAAGGUGAAAACACCAGGCUGACCAAACGGGCUGAUGAACUUAAGUCCAGCCUAGAUAAGAGCAAUACUGAAUUAUGCCAAACAAAAGAAGGCCACUCAGAAGCUCUAAGAACCAUUGAGCGCCUUCGGGAGGAAAACAAGGUCCAGCAACCCAGCCCUCCCCCAUCGCCACCAACAACACGCGACGUCAAUCAGAAAGCAGCCGCCCAGGAGGAAGCGCACCAAGCCCAAAUCGAAAGCCUGCAGUCUGCCCAUGCCACGGCUAUCUCUACUCUGCGUACUUCUCAUGCCGAUUCCAACCGCAAACUGCGCAAUCUCCUCAUGGCAGCCGAGAAGCGAGAGUCCAAGUUAAAAGCUGACCUCCAGGCUAUGCGCAACUCACAGUCGGCUCGUGAUUCCCGGAUAGAGAUGCUCGGCUCCGAAAUUGAAAGGCUUGAGUCCGUAAUUGCCGCCAAGGAUGAGACGGCGGCGGCAAUGGACCAGCACAUUGCCCGCUCUAUCGAGAAGCGCGAGAAGGAGUGGGAGCGUCGGAUCGAUCUCCUUCUCAAAGAAAGAGACCGCAUGGGCAAGGCUCUCAUGUGGACUUGGGGCGAGAAAGAACUUGGGGAUACCAAGGAAGAUACCGUAGGAGAGGAUGGACGAUGGAAGUCCAAGCAGGCGUAUCGGUAUAAGUAUGCCCACCCAGAGGAGUGA